AUGAGAAUCUUCUGCCUCGACAGGCUAGAGCACCCCGACGAUGAGUGGGAAGAGGCUCAGAGCCGCGUGGUUCCGGAAUGGGGCGGCAGCCUGAGCUACAAGCAGGUGGACGUGCAGGACACGGACAGCCUGGAGGCCAUCAUCGGCGGGAUCGCGGACGAGCAUCAGCGCCUGGACGGGGUCAUCGCGGCGGCGGGGGUGCAGCAGGUGAAGCCGGCGCUGGAGUACACGGCGUCCGAGGCCAAUGAGGUGCUCUCGAUCAACUACACGGGGGUGCUGAUGACGGCGGCGGUGUCGGCGCGCAAGAUGAUGCAGUACCGCUGCCGCGGGAGCAUCUGCCUCAUCGCCAGCAUGUCGGCCUACGUGGCCAACAAGGGGCUCGUGUCGCCCGUCUACAACUCGUCCAAGGCGGCCGUGGUCCAGCUGGCCAGGAACCUGGCGAUGGAGUGGUCGCCCCUCGGCCAGGACGGCACCGGAGGCAUCCGGAUCAACUGCAUCAGCCCGGGCCACAUGAUGACGCCGAUGAUCGAGAAGAUGGUCGAGGAUGACCCGGCCCUCAUGGAGAGGUGGUGCCGGGAGAAUAUGAUGGGGAGGCUGGCCCGGCCCAGCGAGAUCAAGGGCGCCGCGCUGUUCCUGCUGAGCAACGCGAGCACCUUCAUGACGGGGAGCAACAUCACCCUGAUUGAAACGUACGAGAUGCCGCCGGUAUAG